ACUCCUACUUUCCAUGCCACUGCGCUGUUAUUUUGUCAUUUUUGCAGACCCUCCUGAUGGAUCCCCCAUUUGCUCCGUGGAACCAGCUUUAAAUUACACCUCACUAAAACUGAUCUGUUCCUGGCCUGGUGGAUUUCCCUUGCCUGCUCUCCAGUGGAAAGGAGAUCUUGUAGAUCAGCUAAAUUCACAGGACAGCUCUACCAUUCUGCUGCCCCCUGGAGGCCUGAUUCCCAACAACAGCUUGUUUAGCUGUGUGGGCUCACAUCCUGCCCUGAAACAGCAGACAGAGUGCAGCACACGCACUCUUCUUCCUCCUGCAGAGCCGCUGUGUUUUGCCUACGUGACCAACAGUCAACAGCAUCUGAUGUUAUCCUGCUCGUGGGAUGGAGGGGCACCAAAGGCUUUUGUGUGGUGGGAGGGCCCUGGGGGCCAAAGCAAAGGUGGUCAAGAAAACUCCAACAUCCUGGUCCUUCGUUACGGUACUGCUCGCAGUGGGGAACCCUACAUCUGCUAUGCUCAGCACCCACUUCUAAUCCAACCCAAGACCUGCAGACUGACUCUGGAGGCCCCCGUGUUGUUGACCCAACGCAGAGUCAUCUCUGUCUACGAAGGAACUGAUGUGCAGCUAACCUGUAAUCUGAGAGCUAACUAUCUUCCUGUCAACGAAAUCACCUGGUUCAACAAUCGAGGUGCUGAUAUCCGUGACACGUCAAAGUACAUGCUGCUGCGAACAUCUGCAUGGGCCAAUCUGACCGUGAGAGACACAGACGAAACUCAAGACAGUGGAGAGUACAGGUGCUCCACUUCAAAUGCUGUUGGAGGAGCAGAAAUCAACGUCACUCUGGUGGUUAAAAAACACCCCAUGCCACCCAAUGCAACCCUGAUCAAAGUGACAUACAACAGCCGACAGAGAAACCAGGUGGAGCUGGAGUGGCAGGUGGAGAGUGAGACAAACGGAGGGUGGACAGGCUUUUCUCUCGAGCACCGCUUGGUGUCCGAGCGACCAGGAAAGGGGAGAAAUAGCAAUGGCUCCCUAAAGCAGGCGAAGGAGAAAGCUGCUGCCACAGACUGGUAUCAAAACAUCAUCCAAGAUCCAGAUGUGAGGAGUCACACAGUACAAGGGCUGACACCGACGUUUACAUACCAGUUUCGCAUCAUGUCUAUUAACUACCGUACCGUCGGAUACCCGUCUUCUGCAAAGACUCCAGCGGAACCACGCAGCAACAUGUACCCUGCUGUGAUUGGAGCAGCUAUAGGCGGGAUGCUCUUCGCAGCCAUUCUGACGGCUCUGCUGCUCGUGUACAUAAUCCGCAACCGCAACAACAAUCCCCGACUUCAUGACAUGCUGUUUGGCUCACAGCACAGCCAAUCCAGGGAAAACAUCAACUUCCCCGAGGAUGAGGUGGUCAGUGGCUUAGAGGGAGGAAGAGAGGACAGGGGUGGAUCCUCCAGUGAAGGUCCAGUUAUUGCGAUACCCCGAGCAGCCUCACCGCUUACCAUCCCCCCUCCGAGUGCCACUCCAAGCCCCACCCCCACAAUCCAAGCCCCUCCCACAGAUGAUAACGAGCCCGUCAGCGUCACUAUCACAGUCAAGGCUACAGGCUCGUAGUGGUACCUGAUGCUGACCAUAGCUGAAGGGUCCAACAGCAUUCUAAAAAAAAAAAAAAAAACCAACCCAUCUGUUCACAGAGAUUUCAGA